GUGAGUGUUUCCACGACAACGACAAACAGAAAGGGGAGAGAACACAAGGGAGAGACAAGAUGAGUAUGAUCGUACCUACAGAGACUCUUGUCAAGUAUGACAACCCGACACUAGUCAGCAAGAACACUGACAAGAGAACAAAGCCCAAAACUCCAAAGACAGACAAUAAGCAAGCAGGUACAAUUGCAGUGACAGGAAGUGGUGGGCCUCUCCCUGGGCUGCCUAAGAACAAACUCACGCCAGUCGAAGCACAAAAAAACCAGCAAACUGAAGAGAUACUGAACUCAAUACUGCCUCCUAGAGAAUGGUCUGAAGAAGGACAGCUAUGGAAGCAAUGUGUUUCAAGCACACCAGCAACUCGCCUUGACGUCAUAAAUCUACAGGAGCAACUGGAUACAAAGCUUCAGCAAAGGCAGGCCAGAGAGACAGGGAUCUGUCCGGUGAGGAGAGAACUAUACUCACAAUGCUUUGACGAGUUGAUUCGCCAAGUUACUAUAAAUUGCUCAGAAAGAGGCACAUUACUGCUAAGAGUCAGAGAUGAGAUAAGAAUGACAAUUGCGGCCUACCAGACACUCUAUGAGAGCAGUGUUGCUUUUGGUGUAAGGAAAGCAUUAAUGUCUGAGCAAGGCAAAGGAGAUAUGGAGGAGCGAAUUGAGAAACUGAGUGAAGAAAAACGAGACUUGGAACAGCAAGUACUUGAAUUAAAGAACAAGUGUGACGCUAUCGAAAAGCGUGAGAAUGAGAAUAGGAAACUAGAAGAGAAAAAACACCAAGAAGAAAUACAGGCACUCAAAAAAACAAAUACUCAAUUACAAGCUCAACUAGAAGGAAUCAUAGCACCACAAAAGAAAUAGAAAAAAACAACAACAUACACUUUAACACUAUGAUAAAACUCUAUUAUUCUGAAUGUAUAAUACAUGAACAAUGUACUUUUAACAUGUAUUGUAUAAACAUUAUGUAUACAGAGAUGAUGAACUAACACAGUA